AUGCCCGCACCUCGACUAUCGCAGAGCGCUGAGGCCGCUCGAGCCGCCGCUCAACAAGCCGAAUUUAACGAGAAGAAGUGGGUCUGGGUCCCAGACUCAAAGGAAGGGUACCUUGCCGGAUGGGUGAACAGAGAAGAGGAGCACGCUGCUGAGGUUAUUAUGGCGGCCGGGGGGGAGUUUCGGCGGGUACCCUUUGACUCUCUGUUCAAGAUGAAUCCGCCAAAGUUCGAUCGCGUCGAGGAUAUUGCGGAUCUCACCUUUUUAAACGAAGCGAGCGUUGUACACAACCUUCGUCUGAGGUAUGGUUCAGGUGCUAUUUAUACCUAUUCUGGCUUAUUCUUGGUGGCAAUCAAUCCAUACCAAAACCUUCCCCUCUACUCAGAUUCUAUCAUCCAACAAUAUCGUAACAAACGUCGAGAUGAAAACCCCCCCCACAUCUUCGCGGUUGCUGAACGCGCUUGGAUUAACAUGGGUGAAGAACGAGAAAAUCAAAGUAUUCUCAUCACUGGUGAAUCAGGCGCAGGGAAAACGGAGAGUACGAAGAAGGUCAUUCAGUACCUCGCGGCGAUAGCUACCGACGUUCAUCCCCCCUCGACACCAUCACAUUCUCUUGCGAUGUCCCCCUCCUUGUCUGGCAAUGGCUCCCAUUUGACUGCGAAAGGCAGACUAGGGCUUCUGGAGCGCCAAAUUUUGCAGGCCAAUCCAAUAUUAGAAGCGUUCGGAAAUGCCCAAACACAGCGCAAUAAUAACUCGAGUCGUUUUGGCAAGUUUGUGAGGAUUAUGUUUGCUCCAGACGGCAGCAUUGCAGGGGCCAACAUCGAUUGGUAUUUGCUGGAAAAGAGUCGGGUUGUAUUUCGAAGUGAAGCGGAGAGGAGUUUCCAUGUUUUCUACCAGCUCAUGGCUGGCGGGGGCAAGAUGAAGGAGGACUUGCUGCUUGGAGGUGGUGUUGAGGAUUACGAGUACCUCAAUAAAAGCCGACGAGAGGUUGACGGCGUUGAUGAUAUGGAAGAGUGGUCAGCUUUACAGACGGCUUUAGACGUUGUCGGUUUUUCAAAAAGCGAACAAUUUGAUCUUUUCCGCAUCGUUGCCGCCAUCUUGCACAUUGGCAACAUUACAAUCACAUCUUCCCGCUCAGACGAUGCCGUUAUGCCUGACCCAUCUCAAGCAGAGCGAGUAUGUCAUCUCCUCGGAGUACCCAUCGCAGAAUUUACACGCGCGGUUCUCCGUCCACGUGCGUUAGCUGGUCGAGAAUGGGUUUCUCAAGCCCGGACAAAACAACAAGCCCUCGAUGAACUUUCUGCAUUGUGUAAGACACUCUAUGAAAAAUCUUUCGGAGCUUUGGUCGAUCGAAUUAAUCGCGCCCUUGACCGACCUUCGUCCAAGUCGACUUUCAUUGGUGUUCUCGAUAUCGCUGGUUUCGAGAUUUUUGAGGUCAAUGCUUAUGAACAACUUCUCAUCAACUACACGAACGAGAAACUCCAGCAAUUUUUUAACCACCAUAUGUUCGUUCUUGAACAGGAAGAGUACGCUAGAGAGGGCAUCAAAUGGGACUACGUCAAUUUUGGCCUGGAUUUACAGCCUACGAUUGACCUUAUCGAAGCAAGUGGCAGCGUAAUUGGCAUCCUGAGCUGCUUGGACGAAGAAUGUAUCAUGCCCAAAGCUACCGACUUGACAUUCACCAACAAGCUGAAUGCGAUGUGGGCCGGGUCGCUCGACGAUGAGGAUACUUACCACCCUGGGAAAGAUAAAUACGAGCCCUCGCGAUUUGAACAAGGUUUCAUAAUCCAACAUUACGCGGCUAAGGUGGAAUAUCGUACGGAUGGAUGGCUAGAGAAGAAUAAGGACCCCUUGAAUGAUAAUAUCACCCGAGUACUAGCCGCUUCAUCGGAACGCUACGUCUCUACCCUUUUCGCCGAGUACGCCGAUUCUAGCCUUGGUGGAGUGGGUAACAUGUUCACCGUUGGCAAAAAACGCACAAUGAAGAAAGGAGCAUUCAGGACUGUCGCUCAACGGCAUAAGGAGCAACUGGCUAGCUUGAUGAUACAACUUCGUGCCACCCAGCCACAUUUUGUGCGAUGCAUCGUACCGAACGCUCACAAAAAGCCGGGUCGGGUGGACGUUCCUUUGGUCCUCGAUCAGCUUCGAUGUAAUGGUGUUUUGGAGGGUAUCCGUAUCGCACGGCUGGGGUACCCAAACCGCCUUCCGUUUGUAGAAUUUCGCCAGCGUUAUGAAGUAUUGACUCCUGGAAUCAUUCCGCGAGGCUACAUGGACGGCCGAGAAGCCUGCCGCAGGAUGGUCAAAGCUCUGGAGUUGGACGACAUGAUAUUCAAGAUUGGCACUUCGAAAAUCUUUUUUAAAGCCGGUGUAUUGGCUGAACUUGAAGAGCGACGAGACCUGUUGCUUUUCGAAAUAUUCUCUAGGCUUCAAGCUGUCGCACGAAUGUGGACUGCACGCAGGCAAGUGAAGAAAAUUCUAAACCGUGCGGUAGCGAUCAGGACCAUUCAGCGAAAUGCUCGGGUGUAUGGGGAACUCAGGGAAUGGCCGUGGUGGCAACUGUAUACAAAAGUCCGGCCUCUGCUUGCGGCGACCCGUAAUGACGAUGAGCUCAGAAAGAAAGAAGUUGAGCUUACACUUAUAAAGGAGCGCGCCGAGCGUGAAAAACAGGAGAGGGAGAAUUUAGAGAGCCUCAAGAUGUCCCUUGAAGCUGAAAAGCGGAAGAUAGAAGAUGAAUUAGAGGCGGAACGUGGUUUGGCACUCGACAAAGAUGAUUUACUGGAGAGAAGUAAAAAACGGGAGGUAGAACUUGAAGAGGAGGUUACAGCCUUACAAGCAGAUCUCGAUCUUCUCGACUCACAGCUCGAUCGCGCGAUGAAGCUACAGAAAGAGACUGAGGAGAAACACGAGGCUUUGCGCCAAGUUUUCGAUCAGGCCGCAGAACAUCUCGUUCGUUUGGAAACCGAGCAGAAGGAAUGGGAAUCUCGAGAGCAGGAGCUAAAUAGCCAGCUUGGCAGCGCUUACGAAGAAAUCGAGGCAAUGCGUGGCGAUCUGGAUGAAUUGCAGAAAGUCAGUGAGGAUCUCAAAAAUCUUGCUCUCCAACGGGAAGAGGACGUAAUCAGAGCCAAGGAGCGAGCCGACGUUCUCGUGAAGGAAAUGGAAGGCAAGCUUGAUGUUGAGCUUCGUAAUCGUGCCUUAAUCAAAGGAAAAUCUGAUGAUUUGGAAAAGGAUGCCCGGCAGGCAAAGGAACAGCUGGCCGAGAUCGCACGCACCGCGACGGAGUACUCCAACAUGAUUCAGAAGAAGGAAGAACAAAUCAUUCGGCUCACCGAUCAACUUGAUUUGUUGACCCGCGAACGCGAGCAAUCGCUGAAGGAAAUUGCGGAAUUGCAGAGCGACAUAGAUACCCUCGACGCCCAGCUGACAGCCGAGAAAAACGAUCGGUCUCAAGAGGACGCAGUGCGUUCAAAACUUGAGGAAGAACUUGACGAGCUCCGUGGACUUUUAGCGGCUAAGACAAGCGAAGAAACCCGCCGCAAUGAUGUCGAGAAGAGCAAGGAAAUGGAGCUCGCUGACCUUCGAAGCCAAGUCAGUAGACUGCAUCAAGAGGUCACUGAAGCUCGACGAUCUGCUCUGGAAGGGCAAAGCAAGUUGAAACUUGAAUUGGAUCACGCUCUCCGCGACUACACGUCUCUGCAGCACAGUCACCAGUCGCUCCUAGAUCGGGAGCGGGCAGCACAAUCUCAAUUGACAAAGUCCCAGAACACGCUAUCCGACCUCGAGAAGGCGAAACGAACAAUGGAAUCGGAACUACAAUCAUUACGAUCACGCCAGCACGAAAACGAAAGCCAGCUUGCGGACACCUUGAGGAUAAAAGAAGGUUUAGAGCGCCAACUCUCUAGUGCACAAGCCAAGUACCGAGAUUUUGAAGACGUCGUUUUGCAAUUUCAACGUGACCAGGAAACCCAAACCAGGCAGUUGGAUACGGUACGAAAACAACAUGAAAGCGAGCUUGCCAAGCGAACGCAACUCGAGAAAUCCUUAUCGAGUAAAAAAUCCGAGAUCGCCAAGUUGAAGGACAGCAAUAUCAAAUUCGAUCGUGAGCUAAACAAAGCUCUAAAGGAUUUGAAAGACCGAGAAUGGGACAUCAAACAACUAGAAUCCAAACAAGACAAGACUAUCGUUGAACAUGUGCACGUUCUUGAAGAAGCUAAGAGAGUAACGGACCGCCAAUUACAAGAUGCGCAGUUAGAACUUCAAAAGAAUGCUGCCUACAUCAAAUCGUUGGAGAAAGCAAAAGCGCGCCUGGCGGGAGAAGCCGAGGACCUCGCCAGAGAGACCGAACGAGAGCGAAUGGAACUGCCUCAGGAAGAACGUGCCGCCCGGGCAUUGGCGGAAGUCGACAAGGAGCGACGUGCAAGAGAGGAAGUUGAGCUGCAACUGCGUCGGGUACAAUCAGAGCUCAUAAAUGUCCAACUUCAGAACACAGACCUCACCGAGGAACUUGCCUCAGUACAAAAAUCGAAGAACAAGCUGGAAACGGAACUUGACAGAUUAGCCGAAGAAACUGAAGGUACCAACUCCAUGGCCAAGCUCCAACGUCAGUACGAAACUCAGAUCUCUCAACUUGAGAGUCAACUUGAUGAAAUUGAAAUGGCGCGAACAACUGCGGUUAAAGUAAGAGAAGGCAUUGAACGCCAACACGCAGAAAUUCGACAAUUGAUUAUGAACAGCCAUCCGGGGGAUGGAGAUUUUCAAGCACGCCUACUUCAUGAACUACAACACGCCGACAACGUGCUCGAGAAAGAAAUGUCUUCACGGUCACGUAAUUUACGCUCCAGCAACGCUCAGGAACUCCAUUCGUUGGCCACCCAAAGGAGAACGCCAAAUUGGCUGAACUAUUGGAGGAGGAGGCUGAAGCUCAUGGUUCAACAGCGCAACGCUCAAGGGGAGCUCGAGGUGCAACGUGCUCAACUUCGUGAUCUCACCCAGGCAAGGAAACAACUUCAAGUUGAAGUCGAGGAAUUGAGGGAGCAGCUGGAGGUUUCCAAGAGUGAGGCCGCAAACGCAAAGAGGCAACUUCAAAAACGGUUGCAAGACGACGAAGUCUCUUCAUCUACUUCAUCUGCAGCCUUAUCCGAAUUACGAGCUGUGGUCGAGUCGUACAAAGCAAAGGAACAGUCAUAUCAAGAGCGCUUAGAAGCGGCUGAGAUCGCCAGAGCGAAAGCUGCUCGUGGAGAGGCCUUUGCUCGUCGAACGCUUGUCGAUGUCGAAAAACUGCAAACGGAGGCAGUCGCAGAGCGCCAGAUUACCCACGAUCGCCUCCGAGCUGCAGAACUUCGCCUUCGAGAACUAGAAGCUAAGCUCGAAGAAGAAGUUCGUGAAUCCUCCGAAACUACGGUUUUGCGUCAGCGUUUAGCCGAAGAGCUGGAAGAUGAGCGAGAACAGCACCAGAAGGACCUUGCUGAACGUGACUUCACAAUUGACCAAACCCGGAAGAAGUAUCAAGCGGAACUCGCUCAAUUAAGUGAAGAGGUGUAUAACAGUGGCGGCUGGAAAAAAGAGAAAGAACGCAUGGAAACCAAGAUUUCAGAUCUCGAAAAGGCCUUUGAAGCUGGUACAGGUGCUCAAGCUGAGCAACAAUCACAAAUCGUUGCCUUGCACUCCCAAGUUCGAGAGCUCCGUGGAGUCUUGGAUGAUGCCGAAGCAGAUCGCGCCCUACUCCAAAAGGCUCGUCGAGCUCUACAAGCAGAACUCGAAACGAUCAAGCUUGACCACGUUGAUACCAAUAAGAUGUCAUCCGACAGGGAAUUCCAGAGAUUGCAACUCAAAAAGCAGGAUCUCGAGCGCUCUCUCGAAGAGCAGGAGGACCGUGUCGUAAACGCCUUUGAUCGCAUGAAGAAGGCAGAAUCCUACGCAAAUGAGUGUCAAGUCGAGCUCGGCAAAGUUCGUGUAGAGAACUCAGAGCUCGACAGACUCAACGUAGGUUGUUCAUGA